CGGUCUUAAAUUAUUGUAUGUAUUAUAGUAUGAGUUCUAGUUUUUAUUUAUCAAUUUUCCUUUAACCUUUUCUAUUGAAUUUUUACGCUUUUUCGUGAAAAGUUCGAACUUUCAUUAACUUUCUAAUCUUGCGGGUUACGCAUCACUUUGGCCACACUGCCGAAGGGUUCUCUGUGACAAAUUGUGUUUAUUUCACGAUCAUUGAUAGAAUCUAGAAAUAUCUAUAAUCGUGAAUCGUGAUUUAUUUUGUCCUUUGGGUAGUUUUUUUUUUAUCGUACUUCGUACAUCAACAUCAGUUUUAUUGCGACUUGUUACUUAUUUGUUUCUAUUAAUUUGAUCUCUAUUAUAUUAUUGUCGCUGAAUUUCACAGCAUUCAAACGACAGAAAGCGCCGCAGGGAUAUGGAAUAACAGAUUCUAGUGACGUCUCCAGUUGUAUUUAAAAAAAAAAACAAGAAAUAUGUCGUUAAAACCAAAACCAAUAAACUUUACCGAAAAAUGGAACAGUUUACAAGAGACUGUAAAAGGUGUCAUAACCCUAGAUUCAGUUCCUAGGGAUGCAUGGAAUGAACGUUUCAAUGAUGUUUACUCUUUAUGUGUGGCCUUCCCAGAGCCCCUUGGUGAUCAACUUUAUGACUCAACAAAAUUAUUCCUAGAGAACCAUGUACUUGAACUAUUGACCGUUAUACAAAAUGGAGGUACUGCAAAUCUGUUACAAAAUUAUUAUACAUAUUGGCAGAAAUAUAGUAAAGGUGUCAAAUACCUACAUUCACUUUACCAGUACCUUAAUAAUCAACAUAUUAAAAAACAUAAACUGUCUGAAGCAGAACUCUUGUAUGGAAACAUUACACCAGAUUCCUCUGAACAAAUGGAGGUUGGAGAACUAGGACUUGAUGUGUGGAAACACAAUAUGAUUGUACCACUGAAAGAUAGUAUGCUCGAAUUAUUAUUAGACGAGUUUGAUAAACAAAGACAUAAUAUAUCUAUGACUACAUCUUUUGAUAUCAUUGCUGGUGUUAUUAAUUCAUUUGUUGUUGUCCAAGAGUUUAGGAAAAAAUAUCCACUUGAAUUGUAUCAAAAUUAUUUUGAGCAACCUUUUUUGGAGCAAAGCAGUGAACACUUUAAACGUGAAGCUGCAAGAUUGUUACAAGAAUGCACUGUGUCUGAAUACAUGGUUAAAGUUUUAUUAAUAUUGAGAGAAGAAGGAAUUAGAUCAAAAAAAUAUCUCCAUGAUAGUACUUUUACUAAACUGCGUGGACGAUGUCGUCAACAUAUGGUUGCAGAUCACUUAGAUUUCUUACACGGAGAGUCUGAAGCUAUGAUAAAAGAAGAGCGACGAAAUGAUAUGCACAAUAUUUAUUUACUUUUACGCGAAAUUAAAGAUGGAAUGACCUCAUUAGUUGAUAUUUUCAGAGAACACAUAAAACAACAUGGCAUUAGAGUUAUUGAAUCUUUAAAACAAGAACAAAUAUAUAUACAUUUUGUUGAGGAAAUUUUGGAUGUACAUAAAAAAUACAAAUCUAUAGUUGUAGAUGUAUUCAACAAUGAUUUAGCCUUCAGUGGUGCUCUAGAUAAAGCGUUUACAGUAAUCAUAAACUAUAAACCAGUAAAAAAUCAAUCAUCAAAGUCUCCAGAAUAUUUAUCAAAAUACUGUGAUAAUUUAUUAAAAAAAUCAUCUAAAGGCAUGUGUGAGGGUGAAAUUGAUCACAAACUAUUACAGUCUAUUACUAUAUUUAAGUAUGUAGAUGAUAAAGAUGUCUUUCAGAGAUUCUAUCAAAGACAUCUGGCAAAACGGUUAAUACAUCAACAAAGUCAGUCCAUGGAUGGAGAAGAAGGAAUGAUAAACAAAUUGAAACAAGCUUGUGGUUACGAGUUUACAAAUAAAUUACAUAGAAUGUUUACUGAUAUCAGAGUAUCAGAAGGAUUAAAUGCAAAAUUCCAUAAUGAAUUUCUUAAACCUACCGAUGAGUUAAAUGUCACUUUUUCUAUGUAUGUAUUACAAACAGGCGCUUGGCCUUUAGGAUCAUCAAUUGUGUCAUCAUUUGUUAUUCCUAAACAAUUGAUACCUUGUAUACAAUAUUUUGAAAAUUUUUACAAAGAAAAAUUUAAUGGACGAAAAUUAACAUGGCUUCAUCACCAUUGUCAAGGCGAAUUAAAAUUGAAUUAUUUACAAAAAGUGUAUAUGGUAACUAUGCAGACAUUUCAAAUGGCUAUUUUGUUACUAUUUGAAGACCGUGAUUCAAUAAAAUACACUGAAAUUCACGAGAUGCUUCAAUUAAACAAUGAUCAAUUUCAAAAACACAUCAAUAGCUUAAUAGAAUGUAAAUUGUUAUUGCUUGAUGGUGAUAAUGUAUCAUUAAAUAUGGCAUACACCAAUAAGCGUACAAAAUUGCGUAUAACAUCAACUCUCCAAAAAGAAACCCCUCAAGAGGUUGAACAGACUGUUAAUUCUGUUGAAGAUGACCGUAAAACAUACUUACAAGCUGCUAUUGUUCGAAUAAUGAAGUCGCGUAAGAUAUUGAGACAUAAUCAACUCGUAAAUGAGAUACUUUCUCAAUCAAAGUCAUUUGCACCAUCUAUUGCACUUAUAAAAAAAUCAAUCGAGACACUAAUUGAUAAAGGAUAUCUAGAACGCACUCCAAAUUCAUCUGAUGGCUACAGCUAUGUUGCAUAAUAUUUUUAAAUGAAUACAUAAUUACUUAUUUUUUCAAUGUAUUGAAAAUGGUUUUUGUAUUGUAUAUACUUUAUAUAUUUUUUAGAAUUGUUUGUUCUUGUAAACUCUAAAUUGAGUAUCAAACUAAUCCUUUUAACGUAAUAGAUAAUUUAAUUUAAUUGUCAUAGAUUUGUUAUAAGAAAGUGUUUGUUUGUAUUGUUACCCAAUUUCUAUAUAGAGUUAAUGGCUAUAUUAAUGAUAAAAACAUUAAUUGAUUGUAAUUUUAUUUAUUGUACUACCAUGUUCAAAAUGUUAAAACCCAUUAAAUGUUGAUGUAUACAUAUAUAUAUAUAUUAUACAUAAUACCUACUAUUUAGCACAAUUUCUUAUAAAAAAAAAACAAGUAAUCAAAGUAGAUCAUUGUUUGAAUUAAAACUUGAAAUCAAUUAUAUUAUUGUAAUUAUAAUUUUGUAUAUAUAUAUAAUAUAUUAAUAUACAAGUAUUCAAUUUUUUAGCGACUCA